AUGUCCGUUUCCAACACCACCCACUUCACCAAUCCCUCUGUCUUCAUCCUGAUGGGUAUUCCUGGACUGGAGGGAGCCUAUGUCUGGAUCUCCAUCCCCUUCUGCGCCAUCUAUGUUAUAACUCUCUUGGGGAACGUUGCCAUUAUGUUCAUUGUGAAGCUGGAUCGGAGCCUCCAUGGGCCCAUGGAGAUCAGUUUUAGUGCCUGCCUUGCUCAGAUGUUCUUCUUUAAGUGCUCCUCAUUAGUAGAGUCUGGGAUUUUCAUGGGAAUGGCAUUUGAUCGCUACGUGGCCAUCUGCCAUCCCCUGAGACAUUCCACUAUCCUCACAAACCAGGUGGUAGCCAAGAUCGGCCUGGCCGUGGUGCUGCGUGGUGGUAUAUUCACAAUACCCCUUCCUUUAAUGGCGGGGAGGUGGCCAUAUUGCAAAACCAACAUCAUCCUCCAACCAUAUUGUAGGAACGCAUCCUUGGUGAACCUGGCCUGCGCUGACACCCUUGCCAGUAAUUACUACGGCCUCUUUGUGCUUUUCUGUGUGUUAGGUCUGGAUGUGAUAUUUAUUGCUGUGUCCUACAUCCAGAUCCUCAGGGCCAUCUUCAACCUCCCCACCAAGGAAGCCCGGCGCAAGACUUUUGGGACCUGCAGCUCCCACCUCUGUGCCAUGUCAGCCUUUUAUAUCCCUGAUGUCUUCUCCUCCCUUAUGUCCCGAUUUGGCCAGAUUGUGCCCCUUCAUGUCCACAUUCUCGUUUCCAACACAUGCCUCCUGUUGCCGCUCAUGCUGAACCCCGUCAUCUACGGGGCGACAAUCAAACAGAUCUGGGGCAGG